GUGGAAGUUUUCAGCUGGUCUAAGCGCAGCCAGGAGUUACCGUAUCUCGACUUUUUACUCUGUUUGGCCUUCGGUGCGGUGUGAACGGUCUUAAAUAGAAACUAUCAUUUCAAAGUACCUUCAUAAGAAGAAAAAACGUGUUGGUAAACACUCGUGACUCUCCCGUCAUCCUCUGCGAAACAAGUUAUGUGGUACAUGUAUGUGUUGCCGUUAUCUGAAGGUAAUUGCGAGCGUUCAGGUAACAGCGACUGGCGUCCCUAUAAAAACUUUGUAAGUGCAGGCCACAUUGUGUGGUUUGACGAUUCCCCAGCCUGCGUCAUGCAUAGUUUUCACAGUGUGUGACAAGCUGUCAGGUGAACACUACAUGACUUACAGAAGAUAACAGAACCCAGAAGAAUUCGUGCAGCCACCAUGUCCGCAGACACCAACCAGGACCCUCCUCAGCUUGUUAAUCCCCCACCUCCCGAGGUGACCAAUCCCAACAAGCCAGGCCGGAGGACCAACCAGCUGCAGUAUAUGCAGAACAUAGUGAUCAAAUCCCUGUGGCGGCACCAGUUCGCCUGGCCUUUUUACCAGCCUGUCGAUGCAGUUGCUCUUGGACUGCCAGACUAUCAUAAAAUAAUAACAUCGCCCAUGGACAUGGGAACCAUUAAGAAACGACUAGAGAACAACUAUUAUUGGAGCGCAAGUGAAUGCCUGCAAGACUUCAACACCAUGUUUACCAACUGCUACAUAUACAAUAAGCCUACAGACGAUAUUGUCCUGAUGGCACUCGCCUUGGAAAAGAUUUACUUGCAAAAAGUUGCCCAGAUGCCUCAAAGUGAAGUGGAGAUUGUUCCUCAUGCUGCCAAAGGGAAGGGCAAAAAAAGUAGCACACCAGAAAGCAGGAAGAAGCGUGAGAGCUCAAGCCGUGCCAAGAGCGACUUUGAAGAGGAGUCAUCACAACAAAACACUGAACCCUGUGGCCUUAGUGAACAGCUGAAGUACUGCAACCAUAUCCUGAAGGAAAUGCUCUCUAAGAAACAUUCUGCUUACGCCUGGCCUUUUUACAAGCCUGUAGACGCAGAAGCUCUGCAGCUACAUGAUUAUCACGACAUCAUCAAGUACCCCAUGGAUCUCAGCACGGUUAAAAAAAAGAUGGAUGCAGGAGAGUACCAGGAUGCACAAGCGUUUGCUGCAGAUGUUAGGUUAAUUUUUUCUAACUGCUACAAAUACAACCCUGCACAUCAUGAUGUUGUUAUUAAGGCCAGAAAACUUCAGGGAAUUUUCGAGCAAAGGUUUGCAAAGAUGCCAGACGAACACGUGGAAGUGACUUCACAAGCAGGUGGCAGUCUGGAGAAACCAGAGUCUGCAGAGGAGCGUACCACCCGACUUGCUGAGUUGCAAGAACAGGUGGGUGCAGAUCAGCUUAAAGCUGUUCAUGGACAGCUUGCUGCUCUGUCUGAAGCCCCUGUGAGUAAACCAAAGAAGAAAAAAGAAAAUGACAAAAAAGACAACAGCCGACAAAAUGUAGGAGUAAUGAAUUCCAGAUGUACAUCAAAUUCCUGUGCUAGAUAUUCAUGGAAAGGGAGCAAUGAAUGGGAGUCAGAGGAUGAAUCUUUGCCAAUGACUUACGAUGAAAAGCACCAGCUAAGCCUGGACAUUAACCGGUUACCUGGCAUGAAACUGGGCCACGUGGUGCACAUCAUUCAGAGCCGGGAGCCCUCCGUGUGCAACACCAACCCAGAUGAAAUCGAGAUUGACUUUGAGACGCUAAAGCCAUCCACUCUGCGCGCUCUGGAGCAAUAUGUCAAGUCAUGUCUCUGUAAGAAGUUUAAGAAAUUUCAAAAGAAAAGCCGUCAAAGUCCAUCUCAUCGCACCACCACCAGCAGCAGCAGCAGCAGCAGUUCUUCAGAUUCUGCCAACACCAGCUUCACUGACUCUAGCACAGAAGACAGUGACUCAUGAUCACUGUAUUGAUUUUAUUUAUUUUUGCUAUUAUGACCAAAAGACAUUUUGUCAAAUGUAUUAAACCUCUCUAUUUUGUUACCUGUUCAUUAUGUUUAAAAUAAAAAUUCGCACUGAAAA